AUGUCUUUUUUAGCUUUUGGCUCAUUAUGUGAAUGCAUUCAGCGGCAGUAUUACUAUAUAAACACGACGAUGAACUGGACUGAAGCUCAGAGUUACUGCAGAGAGACGUACACAGAUCUGGCUACAAUCAACAACAUGAACGACAUGAACAAGCUGAUGAAGACUGUGAAUAACACACGAGAUGUGGGUGUCUGGAUUGGACUGAAGAAAUCAAGUGAUUAUAAAUGGAAGUGGUCUCUGGGUGAUCCUGCGAACAAUACAAACUGGUCAAAUGAACAACAUGGCAACGACAAUUGUGUUUUUAUGAGAAAUGGAGAAUGGCAUCAUCAGAACUGUGAUCAGAGAUCAAAGUUCAUCUGUUACAAUGAGACCAGCAAAAUAAACAUCAAAGAAACUUCUAAUAAAACAUGGAGGGAGGCUCAGACUUUCUGCAGACAGUAUCAUACUGAUCUGACCAGUGUGAGGAACCCAAAUGAGAAUGAAAAGAUUCAGACGGUCAUUAAUGAUACUGAGACAUCUGUCUGGAUUGGUCUGUUCAGUGACCUGUGGGAGUGGUCAGAUAAAAGUAAGUCCGGCUUCAGAAACUGGAAGUCUUUUGAACCGAAUAAUAAUCAUGAUUAUUCUGAAGAUUGUACAGAGGUCAGAAUGAAUGAAGGACAAUGGAAUGAUGCGGGCUGUCAUCAUUCUCUUACCUUUGUGUGUCAUGAAGAUAAGCUGGUAUUGAUCAAAGAGAAUCUGAGUUGGAUGGAAGCUCUGAUAUACUGCAGAAAGAAUCACGUGGAUCUGGUUUCAGUUGAUACAGCGGAGAUUGAGAAAAGGCUGAAGGCAGUGGUUCAACAUGCGUCUACUGCUGAGGUUUGGCUGGGGUUACGCCACUCCUGCUCUGUGGGCAUUUGGUUCUGGGUGAAUGGAGAGAUUGUUUGCUAUGAGAAGUGGGCUGAAGGGAAUGAAACGGCAGUGGAGAACUGUGAAACUGUGAUGAGAUCUGGAGCGGUUCAGUCUAAAGAAGAUCAUCACUGGAUCAGCCUUCCUGAAACUGAGAGACGCAAUUUCAUUUGUAUGCAGCGGAUGUGAUGAAGAAUGAAAUCAUAGUGUGUGUGUCUCUGUCACUUAUUGUGAUACACAACCCGUUUGUUCCGUGUUAAUUUUACGGUUUUCGUUUUCUCUCUUUAUGGUGAUUUAAAUGCAUUUUACAGAAUAAAUGUAACUUGCAUGCCAUCACAGACAAAAUUAAUGUAUGCAAGGAUUUUCAGUGGUAAAUUAUGUUCUCUGUUGUAC